AUGAGGCAGAGUCUCUCUGAUAUCACUAACUCUCAAGAAGAACUUGAUCUUCAAGAAACCGGUUUAGGGCUGAGUGAACAAGUAAACCGGCUGAUGAAGGAGAUUAAUUUAGCAAGAAACAAGGUAAAAGCGUUGCACCACGAGCUUACUUGCAAAAAUGCUUUGCUCAAGGCUAAACGUUGUGAACAAGAGAAAGAAGAAAAUACACAACCAAGAAAUGCACUAACAGCUGAGAAUGUGCUUAAGAUUGCGGAUGAAGAAUUAGAGAGACCUUUUGUACCAAACAGAAGGCGAUUUAUCAGAAGCAAAUCCUUGGGAGCAUCCACUGCGCACAAGGUUGAGGCAGAAAAAGAGAAAUCUGAAACCAAAAGGAGACAGUAUAGAAAGAAAUCAGCGAGAGUUAGAUCAGCAGCGCAAGAAGUGACAGAGAAUCUGUUUGAGAUCGAAGAUCUUCAGCUUACAAUGCCUAAUGAAAUGUGUCAACAAGAUAACUCAACAAUGGCGUCACAAACCCGAAAGAAAGAAGAGGAAGAUGAAGAAAAAAUACGAAGAAAUAACCUACUUACAGGACAUCAAGAUUAUAAGGUUCGUCAAUCACCAGUCAAUCGAACAUUACGUAGAUCAGCUGAGACAAUACAUUCUUCUUCAAGGAGGUUCCACUCAGUACUAAGAUGA